AUGACCACUUCACAUAGGCCCCAAUUGGAAGCCAGGAGUGGGAGUAGAUCACAUGGUAAUUCUCAAUAUGUACCAACCAAACUAGAGCAUGCUAGGCUACUGCCUGGGCACACAAAGUUGAAACGUAGACGGGGUAAGAGUGGCCGGCAUAAGCGUGGCAAUGAAGCAGACUCAUCGGUAGAUAAAGUAUUUACGGUGUCUGAAGCUACGAGCAAAAGUGGCGGGAGGGCGUGUUCUGAUGUUGGAGAAGAGCAUUCUGCGUUGGAAGUCGGUGAUGGUGAUGGGGGUGGAGAUGUGGGUAGCAGUUACGGAGAGGAGUCAGAUGAGGAGGGCCUUUUGUUGCAGGAGUUAGAAAGAUUGCGCAGUGAGAAGAUGAUGGAGAAGGUGAAGGCGCAGCAAUUAGAGGAGGAUAAAUCGUUGGAGGCAGCUGCUGAUUCCGGUAAUGAUUUGGAGGGCCACGGUCCAAAUGUGGCAGGGUCUUCUUCUGAGGGUUGGAGGUCUGAUGCUGUUUUUGGUAGGCGAAAGAAGCCCAAGUCGGAAAGGAAGAAUCUUUCGAAUUCAAUCUCUUCGGACAAAUAUACCAAUGAUCUAAUUCAAAGCGAAUAUCACCAGGACUUUUUAAAGCGGAUGGCAAAAUAA